AUGGGUAAAGGAAUAGAUAAGACUUUGAAAACCAGCAUACACCAAUACCACAUUGUAGGUAGAGCAGUACCGACGGAGAAAGACAAGAACCCAUGUGUGUACCGAAUGUGCAUUUUUGCAAAAAAUGAUACGAAUGCAAAAUCACGUUUUUGGUACUUUAUGAAAAAAAUAAAUAAAUUAAAAAAAUCUAAUGGGGAAUUAUUAGCUUGUGAACAAGUAAGAGAAAGAUUUCCACUUAAGGUAAAAAAUUAUGGUGUGUUAUUAAGGUAUGACAGUAGAACAGGUACACAUAAUAUGUACAAAGAAUUUAGGGAUACAACAAAAGAAGGUGCUAUAUCACAAUUAUACGCAGAAAUGGCAGGUAGACAUAGAGCAAGAGCUUCAAGUAUCAGUAUUAUAAGAAUAUCAGAAAUAAGUCCUAAUUUAGUUAGAAGACCCCAUAUUAAACAGUUGUUAAAAAAAAGACUACGCUUCCCAGCUUUACAUUUACCAACGUUAAAAAAGGAGUACAGAAGAAAAUUUGCACCUAAAAGGCCAUCCACAUACAGAAUGUGA